UCGGUCGUUGCCAGGAAUGAAUCUUUUCUCUCUUGGUUGAAGCAUACUUAAAAAGAAAUGUAUCGAAUUUCCUGGUCAUAUAUAUUUGCUUGAUGAAUAUCUAAAAGUGGACUGCAUAACCACUGCUCGUCAGUUUCUAUGAUAUCGCAUGCGUUGUGUGACACUGAGACUAAAAGCGGUACAAAGUAGUAUGGGAAUCAGGAGCUGUACGGAUUAGGAUGUGAACAUCGGCUACUCACACAAGAAAAUCUCCAAGUUUCAAUCCGAAACAUAUUAUGGUAUGCAGCAAAAUACGCAUGUCAGGGUUGAACGCAGGGUAAGAACCAGUGAGGCAUAUUUCGAUGGCACGAGGACGGUUCAAGUGAGAGAGACUGGGAUAUUUCCUACCAAACAGAGCUAGGCAUAUCAUCUGAUACCAGACAUUCUCAUCAAAUUGGCUUAACGUAUUGAAAACUGAGAGGGUAGCCAAGAGAACACACGUUUGAAAUAGACAUCGAAUGGGAUGUGAGUGAGGCAAUCAUUUUUGGUUGUCACCAUAGUUGAUGCAAGAGGAUCCCAGUCAGAUUGACCUCUUCAGUGGCAAGUGGCAUGAUUCAAGAAAGACUGAUUCAGAUAUCUGACACUGGUAGGUAUUGUAAUAAUACUGAACUAGGAAGUUGACACUAGGAGGGAUCUAAGGAGACAAAUAUCACAGGCUGACACUACGAGGAUUUCAGUGAGAUGAAUGACCGACUUCUGUGAUGUCUAACAACAACGCCGUCACACACGAUAAUGACCGGUUACAUCAACUCUCCGCCUAAGCCCAUUACUAUACAGCACCGACUGUAUAUUAUCAACAAGGCGGGCACCGGCGAGGCCCACUAUAUCAUCCUGACACCCGACCACUCAGAUAUUCUGUCCUACCAGGUCAAAACUGAUCACUGGAAAGCGACCAAAGACAUUUGUAACUUCGGUGCCGCCGUAGUUGAUAAUCUGCUGUAUAUAUUUGGAGGAUACAAUAAACGAUCAGCCAAACAUCUGGAUGCGUGCUUCAGAUACAACCCAUUUGAGGGCGUAUGGUCUGCUUUACCUCCCAUGCCAAGACCACGGGCCAAGUUUUCUACUGCUGUUGUUAAAGGAAAGAUAAUAGUUACUGGUGGUGAGCUACCAGAUGGGCGACAAUCGGUUAUGUGUGAUAUGUUUGAUCCAGUCAAAGAUACAUGGACAGAAUUACGCCCCUUGAUAUCCCCACGUUCAAACCACGCAUGCGCUGUAUUCAAUGAUGAUAUUUACUGUGCUGGAGGAUGUAACGGGAAUAAGUUUCACAACAACCUAUGGGUGUACGAAGGCCAGAAGUGGGAAGAGCUAGACAGGGAGUAUCCUCAGAAACUGCCAGUCAAUUUAGACAGAUUUGCCAUGGUCAAACAAGGACGGUCGUUUUACUUUAUCGGAGGUGUUUCAUGUCGGAAGGAUAAGGAUUUUUCUGGGCGGUUCAAGUUUGUAACGGAGAGACGUAUAUUUUCCUACGCCACUAGUGUUUCUGCCCUAGAGGAGACUCAAGGCGAUGCCUUGUCCUCACGUCUCGUGUCCCCAUGGUGUAACAAUUUGCCAACAAUGACCUUCGCCCGCCACAGUGCUGGUGUAGCCGCUAUCGGACACAAAUUGUACGUUUUUGGUGGGUCAGUAUUGGAAACAGGACAGCAAGUACGAUUAGUAGAGUACUUUGACACCGCCACUGGAGAAUGGGAAGAGGACUUCCGGUUUAGAAAGGGUGAUGUUUCCAAUGUCACCUGCGCAGUUCUGGAGGUUCCGAACAAACAGGACGACGACCAGGUCCAUUUCAAAUUGAAGUGGGUGCUGUGGUGACCUCAUCGAAUUCACAAGCGUCUGCUUAACUAUUGUGUUCUGAAAAGCGUAUGGGGAGUCCUUUACAUCACAUCGAUUAUGUUAUAAUUACCGUCAUUGUAUUUGUACAUUGCAAUGAAGCCUUUAUGGCCUCAACAGUAUGGGCUACGUCACACGAUGGUAUAGGGAAAACGGAACGUUUUUGGUUAUACACAUUGGUUACUAUAAAUACCCAUGCAUGUUUUGAUAACCGAAACGACAACCCCUUUAAAAAUAUAACAUGUUGAACAUAGAAUGAAGCAUUCGACAAGUUUUUUAGUCCCUCAGUCGAUAAUAGUUAUUUUUCUGGUUAAUAUGUAAUGUAUAUCUAUCAUUUUUUUUACGUGAGAUUCAUUAAAUGAGUCAAGAUUUUUUUUUAUUGAAUACCUCCCGAGGCAAUAAAUUAUUUAGGUCAUGAUUUAUAAAAUAAGUAUCAAAUAACACUAAUUCAAGGCCUUUUUUAUGACGUCAUUUAUUCAACAUCGCCAGAGAGACACAUAAUAAUCUUCAUAAAUACUUUUUUUUUUAAAUAAAAAAAAUAGUUUAAUAAUUACCAAUCCAGAGGUCUUCUGUGUAAUGAAUGUUAUAACCGCAUGCGCAUGCGUUCCCGUGCCCGUUCGAUAUAAUAUGACGAUAUCUCUCAAACAAGGCAGCUGUGUAGUUACAGUGGUAUCUCGUAAUAAUGGCAUUGUUCCUACAUGUAUCUCUUAGGUAUUUUUAUUUUCAAGCUCAAUUAUCUAGUUCCGGACCCUGGUUUUGUGAGUUGUUUCGGUGUAUCCUUCGUUCAUGUGAUUAUAUUUUUGUAAUUGAUGGUGCACUCACUACCAAUUUCUAAGAAACUUACUGUGCGACGAUAAUGGCCACCUCACUGCCAAAUUAUUUGAUAUUUCAUGUGUACCAACGGUAUUACAAAAUGAGUCACCUCACUGCCCAACUCUACGACCGACGUGGCGACUUUAGCCUCCCGAUGGUUUACAUUCCUCAGCAGUAACAUUUUAGUUUUAAUGUACAUAUGCGUCCUGUUGACUAAUCAAAUUGGAAGGGCUGUUUUUUCUACGUGUGAGAGGUUUCUAUUUACAUUGAAACAUUUUCUAGCGUUAAGGUUUCUGUGUUUCUAUCCUCCUAUUGAAGAGUUUUAUCUGGUCUCUGUUCGUUAGCAACCUUUAGACUUUUAUGAUGUGACGUAAGCCAGGUGCUGACAUGAAUGUUGGGCAGGAAACGAGCCUUCCAAGAGAUCAUGCACACGUAGUUUUGUACGAUGUAUUACGCCCUCCCUCCAACAGAAAAAAACUAAUUUUGUUGCCUUUACAGUUAUUUAUAGAGAAAAGGACUUUGUGUAAUUUAGUCCUAGUAAUGUGUAAUUUUGUAACAUCUAAUUAUGUUACAUAAGGGGUUUAUAAAUAUAAUGUCAGUAUUAUAAUGUCGGUAAAAUCAAUUGACUGUCAUGAAAAUAUAAUGCCAGUGUUGAUAUGUAUCAACCAUUUGUUUACACAUCUCCUUUCCGAUUAUUAAUCAGUGUUUUCAACUAAUUCUUUUACAUGGUAAUCAUACAAUCUUUAAGCGGACUUAUUGAACCUUACUGUAAUACGAAAUGAAUUUCAUAUGAAAAAAACCCCAUGUUGAUCUUAUCCGAUCCAGCAGCAAAACAACCUAUAUUUGACAAGGCAGAAUUAAUCUCUUGGUGAUUCCACAAAUCCCAGGACAAUGAUGAAACUAUCAGUGAUCAAAUAUUCAUUCUGAUGUGUCAUUAAGAUUAUGGAUCCUGUACCACUGAACCAUGGCAGGCAUAAAUGUUCGUUUCAUUACAUAAAAAUAGUUGCUUUUCAAAAACAACAAUACCGGUAUCCUCGUUAUGUACUGUGUACGCUUAAUGAUAGGGGAUGGCAGAAACAGCCUUACAUGUACACAAUGGAAUUCUGUAAUGGUAUAUGUAUCGUACAGGUAAAACUAAUUGACUGUCAUGAAUAUUCACAUUUGGUUUUUUUUUUACCUUAUCAACCUACCCAUGCGUCUUAUAUUGUAUGUCAUGUCGACUUUGGGAUAAUGGGUCACACUGCCGGUGGAUUUAAUUAGUACACGUAUCAAUAUUUCAGUAUCACUAUCCAUUUUGAAUCGUACCAAGGCAUGUUAGUGUUUAAUGAAGCGUUAAUAAUGAUAAUGUGUUUCAAUAUAGCUUAUCAUAGUUUGUGUAGUAUACUAUUCAUACAUGAUUAAGAAUAGUUUAUGGUACAAAUAAUUAUGUAUUAUGGCAGUCCUUGUUGAAAUAAUAGCGUGGUCGUUCCGACUCGUAUAAUAGGGGAGAUGUAAGUAAGUACAAUGUUGUAACUAAACGUGAAGAAUGGCCUUUAUACACUGACUAUGACCUAGUUUCGUAUUCUCGGAAUAAUGAAGGGUUCUUGCCCGAGUUUUUCACAUUUUCAGUGAAUAGUUUGUAUGUUUCCUUUGCGAUGACUAUCUAAGGAAGAAAAACAAACAUAUUUAUUUUAGCUUUACUUAUAAUUCCUUGAAAAAUAUUAAGAAAUGUUAAAUAUCUGAAAAGAAAAAGAUGAAUGCAUAUAGAAUAAUAACUUACAAUUUAUGUAAAAUCAUUUUAACGAGAAAUAAAGA